AGGGGAGCGCGUGGCCGGCCGCGAGGAGAGGCGCGCUCCGAUUGGCGGGCGGGGACCCCGUGACCCGGCGGCGCUGAGGUGGGGCAGGCUGCUCUCAACCGGUCCGGACCGGCCCGCCUCGAGCCCAUGGGGUCGCCGGCGCCAGCAGCGUGCAGGUUCCGCACCUCGGAGCCCGUCUUUGGCGAGGUCGCCCCCGAGGUCAUCGAGGAGAUGUUGAUCCAUUUAGCUACGGAGAACGAGCGGUGCCUGCGCGAGCUCUCGGGUGAGGCGGGCCGCUUCAGAGAGGCCCAGAUAGUUGAAUUUAUAUUUCUUUUGUCUGAAAAAUGGCACUUGGACCAAUCGGCAAGGUAUCAAGCAGUAGAAAUACUUGAAAGGUUUAUGAUAAAGCAAGUAGAACAAAUUUGUAAGUCCCCCAGAGAAGGCAGAAAAAGUAGUGAACAAGGACAAGGGAAAGGCUGGAGCUCUCUGAAAGAUGAGAUAUACGAUACAUUUGUCCUGCGACUUGUGUCAUGCAUUCAACUUGCAAGCAAACUUUCCUUACACUAUAAUAUAGUUAACAGUGACAGAGCUUUAAAAUUUCUGCAGUCCUUAAAAUACUCAUACACUAAGCAGGAAUUGCUUGAGUCAGAACUUGCCAUUUUAAAAGCUCUGCACUUCCAGAUCAAUGUGUCAACUCCUCUAGCUUAUGUUGAAUUGCUUCUAGAGGUUUUAGGACAUAAUGGCUGCUUACUUCCUGCAAAACCACUGCAUGAGAUGUGUAUGCACCUAUUAGACUUCUCCUAUCUUACAAGAGAUGCCAUCUAUGAUACUUUGUUGAAAAUUGCUAUUGAAAAUUCAACACCAAGCAAACUGCAGAUAGCAAAGUUUUUGACAGUCAAGGAAGAUUUCAUGCUUUUGGCAGUUGGAAUCAUCAGCACAAGUGCUUUCAUAUUAAACCCCAAGCACUGGAAUCAGGUUGUGGAACAUUUAAACUGUAUCACUGGCAUUACUUCACAAAGUAUCUUAGAAUUUUCUUAUGCAAUAUUGAAACACAUCAUUGGCAGUACCACUCCAAAGCAGCACUAUAGGAACAGUGGAACAAGAGCUCCAGAGAACAGAAUUAUACUUCUUAAGUAGAGUUAUGUCUUCUGUAGGUAUUUCCUAGCAUAUCAGUAACAGACUUCUGUAUCACUGGUAACAGUCCAUCUCUUGUGAUACUGCACACAAAACCCAAAUAAAUUUGUUUUUACUUUUGUUUUUGAACACCAGGUGUUUUGUAACAUUGCAAAUGCUGUAUUUUAAUUAGAAAAGCUCAUCUUUGCAGGCUAUGCACUAAUGCUUUGAAGGGAGGGACACAGGAACAAAGUAGUACUUAGAAAUACCUCUUUCAGCACCAGAAGCUUUAUUGUAAGAGCUACAUCUUCUAAGUUAUGAAUAUAAGUUUCCUUUGAAGAAACAGAAAACUGUAAGAAGAGUCUUGUUUCGAAAAGGCAUUGAUGUGAAUGGUAAUUUGUUUGGUAAUUGGUAUUGCUAGAAGGAACUCACAAGCCCAAUCAUCACAAACAAGGCCAUGCUUUCUUUCUGCAUUCACUGCUGUUUCAAAAACUAGCUAUUGCCUCAGGCAGCUUGCUGCAGCCAGGUUGCUUGUUACUGCGUGCUCCCUCUUCCCCAGUGCUCAAAAACUUGUUUGUUCUUACCCUAAGAAAGUCAGCUAGUUGACCAGUGUUGUGUAAAGAACAGACUUCCACCUAUCUUGUAAAGUCUGAUGUAAUUGUCAUGGCAGCAUGUCCACUGAAGUUCCAAAGGAUGUUUAUGCUGUGACUCGUGCAUACGCUAGGCGAAAGCCCCCUUUGCAAAGAAUACUGUUUUAUUAUGGUGUUACUCAGUGCACCUCCUUGCAAGAACAGACUGCAGAAAGUAUUACAGAUAGUUAAUGCCAUCAUAGCUAAUUGUGCCACUGAACUUUACUAAGGUUUGAUACUGUACACUAUGUUAAGUGCUCAGAUGAGACUUUAGAAAACAUUUUACUUUGAAUUGUAGUUAGCCUUUAGUGACCAAGCAGAGCUUCCAUGAUUUUUUCCAUGUUAUUCCCUGUGUUGGUAGCAUUUCAUUUCUCUAACUUGCAUGUUCUGCUAAGUUUUAACACAGUAAUAUCAAACGCACUGGUGUUUUAAGAGUAUGACAAUAAUCUAUAUACAAAUACUAUAUAUAUACACAUAUACACACAGAUAUAAACCCCCAAAACACCAGUUUCAUCUAUUUAAUAGCUGAAUUUUUUAUUCUGUUCUGCUCAAUGAUAUAACUUUACAUAUUGCUUUUCUAUAUACUACUUGUAAUAAUGGUAUUUUAAAUAAAGUGUCUUGUGGAUUUUUGGUAUUGUAAA